AUGGCUUAUAUAGCUGUAGGCGUUCCUAUUCACCGGUGUCACCGUGAGCAAGAUAAAGCCUCGGCCAUGCAAGGUCGUGUAUCUCGAAUAAACGAAAAUAUAUUUUCUGAUUCAAUCCUGACUCUCGCGCUGGCUGACCCAUCACCAAUUGAAGCUUUAGCCCUUGCCGAACCAAGUCUUACGUACAAGGAGCAUGCGGGUCAUCAUGAACAUGCUAGCACCGAAGCUGCCGAAGAGGAUGACCUUGUACGCUGGGAUCAGGUAUUUGCCUCGGGACUAGGAAAGAGUCACGUCAGUUAUGGAGUUGCAUCCAGAAUUUCCGGCAGCUGGGAGCUCAAAAUCAAGCAUCCGAGCUGGCCUGCUUCGGGUCGAGCCUAUGUGAUUUCCGUCAUUCUUUUGCAUAUACCGUUGGUAGUGGGGAACGCGGUUCUCGCGGUAGAGCCAGCUGUUGAGCGUCAGUGCCGAGCCAUGAGCGAAUUGCGAUGGGACGAAGGGAAUGAUGGGCAGAGCGUAUGGAGCCAGCAGAGAGUGGUUGCGGGCGGUUCGGAGGGGCAAUUGGAAGUUUGCGGGUGGGUGUCGGUCGAAGUGAAGUGCCAAGCCCUUAGUCAGCCCGCGCUCACGAGCUUCAUGGGCAAGAAAUUAUCGAGGUCAUCCGCUGCGACCCUUUUGAAAAAUUUCAUGCCAACGGCCUUGGACAGGCUCCUUGCCAGCCCGCCUGCGUUACGAGCCCUUCGAGCUCUCGUCCAUGCCCAUGAGCUCCCUCCAACUUGGAUUCCCGCUAUCAAUUGCUGCCAAUCGAAGCAUCGUUGCCGCGCUUACUCUUCAGACCUGUCGUUGCCGAAGCUGAGGAUACGGAAACAACAAUGGCCUUCAUUGGAACCACGGAUUUCCCUAGGCCGAGCGAAACCCGACGUUGACGAAGAGUCCAAUGUCAACGAACCGGGCAUCAGUACUUGGAGAAAAAUUGACAAAGCGCAUGGGUUUGCAAAAAUUGGGCUUUGGAGAGAACUGCUGCAAUAUCGGGAGAGAGUCUAUGGACUUGAUGGCAUCCGUGAUAUAUGGCUGGGCAUGGCCCGUCGUGGAUUCGACCUCCCGACUUCGAACACUAGAGACGCCGAGUAUCUCUGGUCAACAUUCAUCAAGAACCCUGAUCUUGUGAUACCGGUCCUAGAUCAUGCCGCACAUUUGCAAAGAAGCUCCGGCCAGAGUUACGCACGUUUAUACCAGAUGUGCAUGGCAUAUUGGCUUCCACGACAUCCAGAUAGGGCGUUGAAAUAUCACCACCUAAUGAUAGUCAAACUAAGAUUGCGGAAUCUUCCCCUGCGAUACUUGACGCAAUUGGCGACAACCACCUUGUCGGCCAAAUCUCUUGAAGCAUUUGCCGAAAUAUACAGGACCAGUAACGAGAGGAACUUGUACGAUGACAUGGUGAUCCCUUUUUGCAACCAAAGCCGGAUUUCUCUCGCUCGCCAUUGGCAUAUACUCUGCUUCCAGCGAAGUGAUACCCCCUCGCCAUCUGCCCGAUCUCAUCCGGUUGUUCAAUUGUUCUUAGCUGAGUCCUCGUCAGAUUAUGCUAUGGCCGCGGAUACUGCUCGGCCUAUGAUGCGGAACGGCCGACCGAUAUAUAAAGAGCCGAUAGUGGCAAAUUACAGGCCUCUUCUAACCAAAGGUGAGGCCCAACCUAAUUCUCAGAGGUACAACGAACAGCUUCUGCGCAAACUUCUUGGACGGGACAUCGAACCAGUAAGGUUUGAAGACCCUUUUUGCGCUCGAUUGUUUGCUACCAAGGCAUUCGGGCCAGCAUCAAUCAUCAGGGGCCUCUCGAUGAUCAGGGUGAAUGAAAUAGGCCCAAUCGCUUUACGAAUGAUGGGGUUGAGGACGGAGCCUUUGAGUGAGUUACCACAACGCUUUAGGGAGCUCAAAGAAGCUGGAAUUGACAUCAAGCCUUGCGUCUUCUCACUCGCCCUUGAGAAAUUCACCAUGGAAAAGAAUUUCCAUUUGGUACAAAGCCUCCUAGGUAGUGAUCAGCACCCGGACGUCUUAGAAGACUUAAGCCUUCAGAGAAGGCUUCUUGAUCAUUAUCUAGAGCAAAUGGACUGGACCCAGGCUCAUCGGACCCUCGCCAUCCUGACUCUUUUCUAUAACGAUCCUCGUGGCGAAUCCUGGAAUCUUCUUCUCCAGGCACGUCUUAGGCAAGGGUAUCCGAAUCAAAUUAUUCACAUCCUGGAGGAUAUGCGGGCAAACGAUAUUUUUGUUACACGAGAAUCCACACUGGCGAUUCAAAGCAUACUCCGGCGCCGGCAACCUGGACGAAGGCCGGGCACAUCUUCAAGUGGCAGAUUUGACGACGUUCGCUUUGUUGCACGUAAUUACAUGAUGAUUCUAGAGUCUGGGAUAGGCUACGUAAGCCCUCGAGAUUGGAAGGAAAUACUUCGCCGCUACGGGAUGCUUGGACGUGUUCGGGAACAAAGGCGACUUAUUUAUUGGCUUUUCUCCUGGUAUGCCAACAGAGACAACCCAAGAUUUGCCGAUAUCCAAAAGUCGCCUUUCUUGGAUGCUGCAAUGGCUAAGAUGCGCCAAACAUUUCAUCAUCCGCUCCUCUACUUCAACACGCCUCCCUUCAUUAGUCAGGCUAGCCCGUCACAUCCACUUCGUCAGCUAUUCUCACCUGCCUUCCUCCAAGCAUUGAUUAUUUGGGGCUUCAAGGCUGGGCUUCUGCCGAACACUCCACUCGAGCAGACCAUGUUCUCUUCGGUGAGACCAGCGAAGCACUACCGUAAACGAUUUCUCAAAAAGGGUGUCCUUACACACUUGCAUUGGAGCGUUGGACUGCAGACAGUUGUCAAGCUUCGUGAUGCCGGACUUUACGUGAACCCGACCAUUGUGGUCAAGGCUCUACAGCAGCAAUUAAAACUCCUCUUUAACCGAGGAAGGCUGAACAGGUCUAUCGGCAGGGUCGUUCAGUCAAACAAGCUUGAGAAUAGGAUCAUAAAGCGACUUAACCCCAUACCGUAUGAAGAAUACGUACGUGAAGUGAAUCGAAUAUGGGGAAAGCCUCUUUUGCGGGAACCUAAGGGAAACAGGAAACGCUUACUCGAGGGAAUGGUGGGGCAUCCGACACUUGAUGGUAUCCUGCACGACGACGAGGUGCAGGAUAAUGAGCCUGGUUCUGAGGAAUUUGCGAAUCGGGGUGACAAGUUAGAACUUCCCUUUUCAUCAGAUCAGGAUGAACCUUCGACAAACGGAAAUAAAAUGGGGCCCCAAGGGAACAGCACUAUGAUUAUGGACAGGAUUAGGGAGAUCAGCCUCGCAGCUUUGUCGCGUAAAAAGUUGGGAAGAGGUUUGCAGCCUUCUUCCUUGGGCAAAGAUGGAUCCGGACUUAAGGGUGAUAAGUCAAGUUUCGGUGUUGUUGAGGGAGCAACUCUGUCGCAGAGGACCAUAUCACCACCUUACUCUACUUUCGCUGCCUCACGUACUCCCCCUUCCACAACGAAGAAUGAAUUAGAAGCCAGGCCUAGCACCACUCAAGAAGGAUUUAAUGCGCAUGAAGCGAACAGGCAGUCGUUCUUCUCCUCCCGUCUUGAUACAAACACGCAGUCCUUCACAAAGGCGAAGAAAUAGGAUGAAUCUCCGAUAAGCACACCACCUGGACUAGCCCCUACUUGAGCUUCGGCUUCGGCUUAUAAGAGAAGGUGGAGGGAAGAAAUAAUUCGUCUUGUAGAGUAGAAUCAUAUCGUUAUGGGAAUAGGCUUGUGCGUAUGUAUUGUACAGCGGUAAUAUAG